AUGUCAACACAAGGCAAAUACAAAGGAGCAGAAAAUGCAGAAGAAAUUAUAAAAUCUCUGACUGAGGCAAGUAACUCAAAGUAUUUUGUGCCUCAAGUCCAGCGUAUUGACGUUUCUUUACUAGUCGAUGAAUACAAUAAACACCAAAAUGCAAAAAUACUUAUGCACCUUUCGACACUAACGAAAGCAUUUAAGGAACUCCAAUUUUAUUUGUAUACAGAAGAUGAUAUGAUUCAAAUUUUUUCUGCUUUUGUUGCCAAUAUACACGAAAUCAGCGAUAAUAUCAUUUACAAGUCAGUCAUAGCAUUUGUUAAGAUUUUACCCCAUUUUGCUUCAACAAUUUUCACAAAAUUAUCUGAAUUCGGUUUUAUCAAAGAAAUUUCUACAUUUAAAGAAAAAUGUAAUGAACCAUUUUACGUUGCAUCAUUAGUUUUGAUAUCAAUGUUCUUAGAUAAUCAGCUUGGUUUCGAUGAAUUCAUGGAAAAUUUUGAUUUGAGGACUCUCUGUCAAAUCGCCGAGAUAGAUCAAAAUGGAUAUGAAGUGUACUCUCUUUUCAAGUCAUUAACUUUAUACAUACCCAAUUCUUUUAUUACAGCUACUUAUUCUCAAUGUUUAAAUGUCUAUUAUAAAAACCAGAUGCCUUCUUACAUGUUAAUACUUAUUACAGAUUUCCUGAAGGAUGAUGAAUUCAUGAGCAACGAAAUUUUUGAUAUUUUAGUUCAUUAUCUUCAAAAUGAUAUAUCACAGCUACUCACAGCUUCCCUACAAGUAUUAUUUACACUUGUUGAUAUCAAUAUUGAUGUUUUCAAACCAUUAUUUGAUCUUUUUAUAUAUAAAAUUAAUGAUCAUAGAAUAAGUGACGGAAAUUUGACUCUCUGUUUCCAAAUCUUAACAAAAAUAGUUGAUGCUGCUGGAUACGAGAUAGAAUUACCAAAAUUAACACAAAUUUUAAUGAUAAUUUUGGGAAGAUCGGAACAAGCUUCAUCUAUUCUCACAAAAUCGAUGCUAUUUUGUUUCAAUCACAUUGCUAAGUUCGCUCCAAUAGCUGUUUUCGAAGAUUUGCUGAAAGAAAACAAUUUUGAUUCUUUAUUAGGAAGUUUAGAGUCAGAAGAUCCUGAAAUAUUACUUCAAAUACUAGAAAUAACACAAGUACUUGUUCGUGCUUCAAUUUCUUCAGCAAAUAGCAAAAUUAUCGAAUUGAUCUCAAAUGAGUAG